GCCGAAUAGCCCAAUUGAAACAUCGAGGUUCAUUUCGGUGUACCGAUCACGCAAGGAUAGCCUGGUGUUAUAUGAAUUGAGCCCACCUGUUGCCUAGGCAUACUUUGGACAAGGUUGCAUGAUUCAUUUGAACAAAACAAUAUUCUGACAUGUACAACUACAAAUGGGUCAAAUAAACCAUGUUAAAGUAUCUAAAUUGAAUGUGUUUGAAAAAACUGCCAAUAGCAAUAUGUGUGCACAGAAAAACAGUUCUUUUAUUGUUGGAAGUGUCUAGCCAUCAGGAUUGGUCUAGUCAGUGCGACAUGUUGGGUGGACUGGUGAAAGUGGCUGCCGUAGCAGCUUCAUCUGCUGUAGUGUUACCAUAUAUAGCUGCUCUAAUAUGUAACCUGGCAUAUGGCUGGCCGCAGGUACCAAACAGAUACCGAAGGGCAUUUAAUCCACGUAAAGUGUAUGCACUCAACUUGUGUAUUAUACAGAGUCUGAUACUAUCAGUAAGAUAUGCCACACUGUAUGUGCAAUGGAAGUCUUACUACAAAAUGGCAGGAGCUCCUGAUGUUAUAAAGGACAAAGUGUAUGGUAGAAGAAGUAAAAAAUUAGACCUGUAUAUUCCAAAGAAAAAUGGCUCAGGUGACAAAGGUCCACACCCAGUUCUUGUUUUUGGCUAUGGUGGAGCCUGGGGGUCAGGAGACAAGAAAAUGUAUGGGCUUCUGUGCUCUGCUGUGGCUAACAAACUUGGUGUAAUUGUUUGCUGUCCAAACCAUUCCACAUAUCCACAGGGUUAUGUAGAUGAUAUGGUACAGGAUAUGGUAGAUUGUCUUAGUUGGUUACAUCAGAAUGUGCAACAAUAUAAUGGCAAUAAGGAAAAGAUAAUACUGCUUGGCCAUUCCUCAGGAGCUCAUUUGAGCACUAUGACAAUGUUAGAAUUGUUCCGAAAUGAGCUUCCACCUACAAACGAGACUGGUUCCCAGUCAACAUCACCAGGUUCACUGCAAUUCAGGGAGAGACAUUUUACUGGUAACUCUGAUAAUGAAGAUAGGCAGAGUUCGGGAUCUUCAGGCUCAUUUCAAGUACUUGAUGGUCAAAAUGGCAAUGGUGUUCAAUCUAAUGACACAGAUAAAAUGUCUCUUUCUACUAGUCGCUUUGAAGUUCUAGAAACACAAAAAUCUGAGACUGAAAUGUCUGAAGGCUCAAUGUUAGAAAGUGAAAUUCAAGACCUUACACAGUCGGAAAUUAGUGGCAUUAGGUACCGUGGUACCAGUCCAGAUACAUCACAAAGUGCCCCCUAUGUAGAGGGCGCCACUGGUGGAGACAAAAGUGAGAUGACUGAUGAAAGAUCAGAGGAUGAUAAUUCAGUGGUAACUGUCGGGCAGGGAGAAGGGGAACUUAUACCAUCUUUGACGGUUACAGAACCGUCUAUGACAGAACUGAGAAAGUCUGUUCGAGCAAUUAUAGGUUUAGCUGGUGUGUACCAUAUAGGAGACCACUUCGAACACGAGAGCAGUCGAGGUGUAGAGGAUAUAUCAACUAUGGCUAAGGCUAUGCGGGGUCCGGAAAACUUUGACAGGUUCUCACCAACACAUAUUGUUAGUACGAUAACCACUGCUCCUAGUUUUCCAAAAAUUAUCAUCCUCCAUGGCACAGAGGACCAUGUAGUACCUCUAACUUCUGCCAGUCGUUUUGUAGACGAGCUGAAGCGUAUUGGAGCAGAUGUAAAGUUGCGUAUAAUCCCGAACUGUGAUCAUUAUGAGAUAUGUCUAGACCUGAUGAAACCAAGUAUGCACUUCCAUAGAACUGUCAUGACAGUUUUGGAAGAUACAGCUAACAAUGUUUUCUCUUGAUAAAUAUUAUUGUUAGGUUAAUUAUUACAGUGUUUUAUGUUAUGUGAUACUUAAAAGCAGUACUUUAAUUUCCUGUGGACAACCCCCAGAUUAUCUAAUAUUUUAUUUUGAAAGAUACCACAUGUGGGGUAGCCAUUAGUAUGACAUAUAUGCCAAAUUUUUCUUUUUCAGUUUUACAAAAAGUGGGUUAUUCACUGAGAUUCAGGUUGUACACUGAUACGGUUUAUUCACAGGAAAUUAUGGUAGAUUCUAUUUUAAUAUUAACUAGUACAUGUAGACAAGCAGUAAUUGUUGUUUCUGUGUUAAACUUAUUUUGAACAAAAUAUUUUAUAUUGCUUCUGGUGUAGAAGACCCAGGAGGCAUGUAGUGUUUGAACUGUCAGUCAGUCCAUCAGUCUGUCUGACUCUCAUGUGAACUCUCCUUCAUUUUCAGACCAGUUGUAAUUAAACUAGGUAAGCUGGUACAUCAUCAGCAUGAAAUGUGGACAUGACUUUCAUGUCCAUUUAUUUGUCUGGAGUUACGUCCCUUUUUGAUUUUGAGAUGGUGCAACUACAUCAGUAUUCUACAUUGUGUUCUUAUUUUACUAUAUAGUUUCCAUCCAGUUUAAAUGAUACUUGGUAAACGUCAUCAGCUUGAAGUAGAUGUGCAUAUUUUGUCUCAAGUCCCUUUUUAAUUGUGCUCCCUUGUACACACUGCAUGUACUAUUUUAUCAAGCACUUGUGUCAUACAGUGUUACUGUCAAAUUUAUUUUUGUAUUCUUUUAUGCAAAUACAGGAACAUUCCAAUAUAUAUUUUAUAUGUACAAAUCUUUUGCAACUGGGAGUUAUAUUCUAGUAUUUGCCUCUCGUAUGAUCUCCAAUUUUUAAGUCCAAAUUAGAUCUUAAGAUCAUAAUAAAAUAUAUAUAAAAACAGCCUAAAAAUUCUUUAUUUGUAAUAUCAAGUAAUCAUUGAAUUGAUUUUAUAAUGUGCUUUUAUUGUUUAUAUGAACAAAGAAGGAACAAAUAAAGAUAAAAUUAAGA